AUGGCGCCUGUCAUCUCUGUGGUGGUCAUCUCCUCCACAGACUCCUCCUCUGUGAUCGUAAAAUCGUCGUCUUCCUCCUCCUGCUCUGCUCCCAAGAAUUCAAAGCAUGAUUGUAAAUGGUAUGGAUUGAUGAAAGGACGCACUGCUUUUAAGAAGAAGAAGAAAACUCCUAUCGUUCUUUUCAAAGGGGCUACUACUUUAGAAGCCUCUCAUGGGGUUUCAUGGACAAGAGUCGGCUUGCUUGGCAAGGGAGGAUUCGGUUCUGUCUUUUAUGCUAAAACAAGAACGAUCAUCAAUCAGAACACUCAUCUCCCUUCUGAGAUGGCCGUGAAAUCUGCAUUUAUGGAUCAUUCAUCUUCAUUAAAGCAUGAGAAGCGAGUUCUUUGCGAUCUUGGUGCCAGUCCAUACGUGGUUCGUUGUUAUGGAGAUGAAGUUACGCAUAUGGCCAAUGGAGUGAAGAUAUAUAACUUGCUCUUGGAGUACUGUUCUGGGCUUAGUUUGCAAAGGCAAAUAAGAUUAUCAGGUUCUGGGUUAGCCGAUUCCGAUGUUAAGAAUUAUUCAAGAGACAUCCUGCGAGGGUUGAAGUACAUCCACUGUCAUGGUUAUGUUCAUUGCGAUAUCAAGCCAGAUAACAUUUUGCUGGUGCCUGGUUUUGGAGAAAGGAAGGGAACUUUCGUUGCAAAGAUUGGAGAUUUGGGAUUGGCUACGGCGGUGGGUGAAGAGUGCAAUUAUCCGAGGGGUACGUAUAGGUAUAUGUCUCCAGAACUGGUGAGAGCCAAAAAGAUUGAUUAUGCAGCAGAUAUUUGGGCUUUUGGAUGUAGUGUUUUGGAGAUGCUGACAGCAAAACCAGCCUGGCCAUAUACAGAAGUUGAAGAUCUGAAGUGGAUGAUUGGAUAUACAGAUGAAGUGCCUCAGAUACCCAGCAAUUUAUCAGAUGGUGCAAAGGAUUUCCUGAGGCGAUGUUUCGUUCGUAAUGCUGCGUAUAGAUGGUCUGCUGAUAUGUUAUUACAGCACUCUUUCCUUUUUGUGAAUUAG